AUGCGUGUUCAAUCUGCUAUCCGCGCUCUGCCUCGUCUGGCCAGCCAAGCAUCGCAGCGAGCAAGAGCCACCGGCACUCGACGAACGUACACAUCUUACUCUGCCCCUCUGUCUGGCUUGACGCCCGAACAAGAAGAGCUUCGCAGUGCCGUGUCCACCUUUGCGCAAAAAGAGAUCGCACCAUUGGCUGGUCGCAUAGAUGCGGAGAAUGUGGUGCCGAAAGAGCUGGAUGUGUGGAAGAGGUUUGGAGAGAUGGGCUUGAAUGGCGUCACUUGCGAGGAGAGGUGGGGAGGUCUGGGGUUGGGCUACCUCGAUCACACCGUCGUCAUGGAGGGUGAGCAGUUGUGCGAGAGUUGGGGACAUGCAGUACCUUGUGCGCGCGCAAUCGGCUGGCUGCCCCCCAAUCUGAUCGCAUGUAUGCGCGCCCCCCUCCUGCCAGAGAUUUCGAGAGCAUCAGGAUCGGUUGGAUUGGCGUACGGAGCGCACUCUAACCUCUGCAUCAAUCAGAUACACCGACACGGAACCGAAGAGCAAAAGGAAAAGUAUCUGCCAGAUCUGAUCAGCGGCAACAAGGUCGGAUCGCUAGCCAUGAGCGAGCCAGAGAGUGGCAGCGAUGUGGUCAGCAUGAGGACCAAGGCUGACAAGAACAAGGAUGGAGAUUGGAUCCUCAAUGGCGGCAAGGCUUGGUGAGCUGGGGCGGUGGCGUGUUUCUGACUGCACUAGCGACUAGCGACUUUAGAGCUGACGGCACGGCAGGGUCGCUCGCGCUGCAAAGGAUCACCAACGGCCCGAUCUCGAGCACCUUUGUGAUUUAUGCAAAGACGAGGCCCGAAGCUGGGCCAAAGGGCAUCACUGCGUUCAUCGUGUACGUGGCGGGCAAGCGUUGCUUCGAUGAUUCUAUGCUCACUCACUCUGUUCGCUCAACAGGGAUCGCUCCACGCCCGGCUUCACCACAUCCCCAAAGCUGGACAAGGUGGGAAUGCGCGGAUCAGAGACGUGCGAAUUGACGUUUGAAGAUGUUCUGGUGCCGAGCGCCAACGUGUUGGGUCAAGUGGAUGGAGGUGUCAAGGUGCUCAUGUCUGGACUGGAUUUGGAAAGGCUGGUGCUGUCAGGCGGACCGCUGGGCCUGAUGCAGAGCGCCAUCGACUUUGCGCUGGAGUACACGCAUCAGAGGAAGCAGUUUGGCAAGCGGGUAGCCGAAUUCGAUCUGAUGAGGGGAAAGCUGGCAGGUGAGUAGGCAAGGCGAGCAAGGGGACUGGCGGCGGCUUGCUGAUGACCAUCGCCUCUCGCUUUGCUAGACAUGUACACGGGCUUGGCAUCAGCUCGAGCGCUGGUGUACGCUGUAGGAAGAGCUUGCGAUGCGGGUCAAGUGUCGCGCCGGGACUGUGCGACUGCCAUUCUGUAUUCCAGCGAAAAGGCGGUGGACGUGACGAUGGAGGUGAGGGUCUGUGUGGGGGAGAAUGGGUUGCGCAGGGGUAGACUCUUGCUCUCUUAUGCUGAUCCGCGCGCGUGUGCGCUUGCGUCACGUUGGACAGGCGAUGCAAGCGCUGGGAGGCAAUGGGUACAUCAACGAUUAUCCCGCUGCACGUCUUCUGAGGGAUGCUAGGCUCUACACUGUUGGCGCUGGAACGCAAGAGAUUAGGAGGAUGCUGAUUGGCAGGACUUUCAAUGAGGGUGAGUGUGGAAUCACGUGAAUGUGAAUGUUGGCAGAAUGCGGAGGCUUAGUUAGGACGCGCGCCUUGGACUUUCUUGCCUGCGAAACAGAUUUCGACAAGCAGUGA